AUGAAGCCCCAAUUGGAUGCGCUAUGCUCCGCAAUGUACGACACAAGCGCGAGGACUAAAUUCUUUUUAAUCAAAAGCUCGUCAGACAAGAACAUCUCCAUUUCGCUAAACUUUAACAUUUGGGCCACCACUCCAAAAAAUGAACAUAAGUUUGUUUCCGCGUUUACGGAAAACGACUACGUGGUGCUGAUCUUCUCCGUCAACGGGAGCUCCAAGUUUUGCGGCUACGCCGUCAUGCAGUCGAUGCCGGGCGAAUCCCAAAACAGCAACGUCUACUUUUACUAUGAUGACAAAAUAUUUCGAGGGAGGAACUUUGACAUUCAGUGGAUUCGAGUCGUCGACGUGUCCUUUCAAGAAGUGUCUCACUUAAAAAACAGCUUGAACGAAAAUAAGCCAAUCAAAGUUGGGCGUGAUGGGCAGGAAAUUGAACGAAUGGCCGGAAUAAAACUGUGCGAGAUCUUCGAAGCGAAAUACCUGAGCAUGGCUACUUGCGCGGACCAAGGUGCACAAGAGGAGGUACACUCGAACCAGGCGAAUCAGUCAAACCACUCUAAACAGACAAACCAAUCCAAACAGACGAGCAGCACAACGCACGAGGCAGGCGCGAACCUCCUGGCGAGCAGCCCGCGAGGGGCGGAGAAAAGGGACAGCGUGAAGCUCUUCCCCCUGGGGAACUCCCUAAACAUGAGCUACAGCACCUUCAAAAGGAUGUAUGCCGAGUCCCCCUUCAACUUGGUCAACAUAUACAACCCCGCGCUGCACGUCUUCCCGAUCGACCUCACCAACAUGAGCUACGACGAGUACAUCGAUUUGUACGAGGCGACGCAGCAGGUGUGGCAGCGCAAGAUGCUCCAGUUGCGGUUAGGCGGUUAGGCGGUUGGCGGUUAAGCAGUUGGCUGUUAAGCAGCUGGGCGGUUCACUUGGCCACCUGCAAGGAUCGCCUAACCGCGUGAACGUACUUCUGUGUAUGCACAAACGAGUUUAUUUAUUCGCUUUUUUACGCGCCUAUUAUUGCUUCCCCCCCGCAAGUGACCCCCUUUUUUUUGUACCUCUUACCACCCCCGCACCAACCAGUGGUAGCACCCCUCGUGCACCCGAACCACCUUCGAACCCAUGUGGCCAAAUAG